AUGUCCUGGCACAGCCCCGUGAUGUCCGCCUCGGCGGGCUCCGUGGCCUCCUCCGCUGUCUCCACCACGGCAUCGUCUAGGCCGGGGAAGGGAGUUUCAAGUGAGCCUAUCAGCCAAGAGAGAAUGAGCAUACCACAAGUACCACAGGAGAUAUCACCUUCAUCUAAAGAGAUCAUACCUGACAAAGCUCAACCAUCAAAAGAAAGUGAUUCAUUGGUGAAUGCCAGUAGUGGUUACUCGAGCAAGGAUGAUGCCAUAAGCCUCAGUAAUGUGAGCACAAGGUCUGUGUCUGAUGAAGAGAAAAUCUGGUCUGAAACCCAAGAGGAGAAAGAAACACUAGAAGAAUGCAAAAUGACUAUGGACAAAUACUUCCCACUCUUGCCAAAUGAGGAGGAAGAUGGAGGUUGUUUUGGAGACGUGUCUUCAAAAGGCACAGCCUACUUCACAUCACUACGUUUUCUGCCAAGCCACCUCCAGCCCCAGGCGUAUAAGCAGGCAUUGGAAAAUAUCAGAGGUGCCAGGAACAACAUCAGAAAACUCAUGUACCAUCUCUAUGAAGCAAUUGAAUGGGCUUAUCAAAGAAAGCAAGGUUCUGUGGAUGGGCAGAAUAGCCAUAAGGCCCUUUUUGAGCUGUGGAUCAAGUGGAGCCAGUUUGAAAAUGUCGAUGAAUGUCAGUUCCUUGAAGCCCUGACUCUGCACAUGUCCUGCAGAAUUUCUCUGAGAUUACAGUCGGCCUUCAUGGACCUCAUGCCUCAGGUCCUUGGUCUCCCAACCAGUAUACAAGACGAUCUCCAACAGGCUUGCUGUGACAUGGAGGAGCUUCAUACCACCUUUUCCACAAGUGGUAGUUUUCAAGAUCUAAACAAGCAUCAUCUGAUACUUAGCCAGUUAAAGCUGACCAAAGCCCAGGGAAGCUUAGAAAAAUUGCUCUGUUUCUUAGAAAGUGAUAUUCCUUCUGGUUGGAUUGCAGGAUCAUUUCCCCCCUUCUGA